AUGUUGCUAGUAACAUUAGUGUGGCGGCACUUGGUUGAGUGCAGGUCAAGAAACAUAACAGAGGCAUCUACAUGUAAGGAGGUCAAUAUAUGUUUAUUUAUUUCAAUAAACAUGUAUUUUCAUAGAUUUUUUGAUUUUCUGGAGUCGAUUUGUUACUGGUCCCAAGGGGACCAUCGGCCAAAGUCCCGGAUUUGGAAGAACAUAAUUGGAAAGUGAAUAAUAGAACUGGAAACUGAAUGAAACGAUUCAUAACGACAUAAUAGAACUGGUAAAGUGAAUGACAAAAUGUGAAAGAAAAUAAUAGGAUUCAAAACUGCAUGAGAGGACUGUGCAAUCGAAUUAUAGAAUUAGAAAACUGCAUAGAAGAAUUCAAAAGCCAAUAACAGAAUUCGAAACCCAAUCAAAGAAUGCAGAAAAGUGAAUAAGAGAAUUUGAAAGGGAAAUACCCCCCCGGUAGUAAAGUUAGAAACUGCGUAAAAGAAUUCCUAAGAAAACUGAACAACAGCACAGGAGAACGGCAUAACAAAAUUUCAAAGGUAAUAUUGGCAGAAAUCAUCCCACAUAGAACAACAGCAAAUAUUCUAGAAAGAUGUCCCUUGAAGUACCAACUGGUUGGAGGCCUGGCUGCUCUUGAUCCAAGACAUAUGAUCCUUUAUGAAAUUCGAGGGAAUGUUAGCCUUACUGCUAGUGUACCGCCCAUUCAAGGCAGAUGAAAGUGAUGCAGCCCAGUUCUUGUGACUGCAAUUCACAAGUAUCACUUAGACAAAUUUGAGGUAUAAACCACUUGUCAGAGGCUGGACAAAUUCUUCUUCAAUGUCGUUGCUGAAAAGCCUCACUUCAAAGUCCUGUGGAAGGUUGUGAAAUGGGUUUUAAUGUUGUUGCAUGGCCAAGCUAGUAUUAAACGUGGUUUCUCAGAGAACAAAGACAUUCUUUCCUAUAACAUGGGAGAGCAUACUCUGAAGGCAUUUAGAAUUCCUGACAUCCCAGUCAGCAAGGAAUGGGUCAAGUCCUGCAAGCAAUCACGCCAGAUGUAUUCUGCCUUUUUGAAGGAUCACAAAAAAACAAAAAAGAAUGUGAAACAAAGUAAUAGGUAAAAAUUGCUUUCUGAAUUGAAGUGAUGUCAGAAGAAGGAGAUAAGGAUAGAGUCAGAGGUAUCAGCAUUGUUAUGACAAACAAGGCAGAUAAUCUCUGUUCAGAAACUGAAAAAAGUCAGAAGUGGAAUCUGGCCAUUGUAGCAGAUGCGUUUAGAGCUUAA